CCGAUGGGUCAUCCAGUUGGUUCCGGAGGGCGGGCUUAUUUAGGAAAGGGGGGUGGAUCACGUCUCUCUGCUUUCCAGCUAAAGUAGACUAUCAACUACCACGUCUGCAGAGGGGAGAGAAGGGAUCAAAAUAAACCGACAAGAAAAAGAGGACAGGGGGAGCAAAGACUGUUUCAUCAAAGUCGGGAAUUUGGACAUAAAAUACGCACCGCUUGCAGCUCCAGAGCCCCUUUGCAGAGUUCUCGCUUCCAGUAACAUCCGAUAGUAGGUCUGCAAAUACAAGAAAACACACGAAGAAUGUACAAACUGGACAAUUACAUCUAAUGGUUUAAAUAGCUCUGGCAACUAGUUACACAGGGAAACUGUUAAAUUUUGUGUUUUGCGCUAAGCUGAUCUCGCCUACCCCCGAAAUUUCGCGCAUGGGAUAUUUUUUUUCACAGAUAAUGUUCUGACAAAAAGCACAGAGCAAAUUGCGCGACUUUUACGAGGACAUCUUCUUCUGUUAAGUUUUUUGAGUCGAGUGAUGGCACCACAGCUGAGAUCGAUUGUCCGGCUGCUGCUGCUGGCGGUGGUGUGGGAGCUGAGCGCACUGGGAGCGACGGAGCGACAAUUGAAUCCAGAGUCGUGGCUACAACAGUAUGGCUACCUUCCACCGGGGGACUUGAGGACCCAUGCCCUCCGCUCCCCGAACUCCAUCUCCUCUGCCAUCGCGGCCAUGCAGAGGUUCUAUGGCCUCACUGUCACUGGUACCUUUGACACGAACACCGUCGAGGCCAUGAAGCGACCACGCUGUGGCGUGCCUGAUAAGUUUGGUGCCGAGCUCAAGAGCAACCUGAGGAGGAAGCGGUACGCCAUCCAGGGCCUGAAGUGGCCCAAGACAGAAAUCACUUUCUCUAUACAGAACUACACCCCGAAGGUGGGUGAGUAUGAGACCCACGAGGCCAUCAGGAAGGCCUUCAAGGUGUGGGAGAGCGUCACUCCGCUUCGUUUCCGGGAAAUUCCCUACAGCUACAUACGGGACAAGGUGGAGGAGUUUGCUGACAUCAUGAUAUUCUUUGCUGAGGGUUUCCAUGGUGACAGCAGCCCAUUUGAUGGCGAGGGGGGAUUCCUGGCACACGCCUAUUUUCCCGGCAUCGGCAUCGGUGGUGACACCCACUUUGAUGCAGCUGAGCCGUGGACGGUCGGAAACCAGGACCUGACAGGGAAUGACAUUUUCCUCGUUGCGGUGCAUGAACUCGGUCAUGCUAUGGGUCUUGAGCACUCUAAUGAUCCCUCAGCCAUCAUGGCUCCCUUCUACCAGUGGAUGGACACUGAGAACUUCCAACUUCCAGACGAUGACCGCAGAGGCAUACAGCAGCUUUAUGGGUCAGGAUCAGGUCCUCAGCCCCCACCUGUAACACAGCAGCCACCUUACCACCCCCCCGAUCCCCCAUAUUCACCAGACAAGCCUCGCUUUGGUCCCAACAUCUGUGAUGGACACUUUGACACCAUUGCUAUCCUCAGGGGAGAAAUGUUUGUGUUCAAGGAUAAGUGGUUCUGGCGGGUGCGUAAUAACCAUGUGUUGGAUGGAUACCCAAUGCCAAUUGGUCACUUUUGGAGGGGGCUGCCCACUCAUAUUAAUGCUGCUUUUGAAAGGGAAGAUGGGAAAUUUGCUUUCUUUAAAGGGGACAGGUACUGGGUGUUCACUGAAUCAAAUCUGGACUCUGGAUUCCCCAGGAGUCUUAAAGAAAUGGGCACCGGGCUGCCCAAAGAUCGAAUAGACGCUGCUCUCUACUACACCCCCAGUGGACAGACAUAUUUCUUCAGAGGAAACAAUUAUUACCGUUUCAAUGAAGCAUCCCGCACAGUUGACGAAGGGUAUCCGAAAUCUAUCAAUGUGUGGCAAGGGGUCCCUGACAACAUCAAGGCAGCCUUCAUGAGCAAAGAUCAAACAUACACCUACUUCUACAAAGCCAACAAGUACUGGAAAUUCAACAACCAGGUGAUGCGGGUGGAGCCUGGAUAUCCAAAAUCAGCCCUUCGUGACUGGAUGGGCUGCCCCAACGAAGACCCCAAGACAGACGGAGGAAAGGGUGGACAUGACAAGGACAGGGAAAGGGAGAAGGAAAGGGAGAGAGAGAGGGAGAGAGAGAGGGAGCGGGAGAGAGAGAGAGAGAGGGAACGGGAGAGAGAGAGGGAGCGGGAGGACAGAGACCGAACUAGAGACAGAGAGAGGGAGAGAGAGAGGGAGAGGGAGAGGGAGACAGAGAGGGAGGAAGAAAUCGAUGUGAAAGUUAUUGAGACGGAUAGUGGCAGCAGAGCAGCGGCGUUUGUUCUGCCGCUGUUUCUGGUAGUGUGUGUGAUCGCAACGUUGGCAGCCUUGCUGUUUUUCCGUCGUUACGGUACCCCGCGCCGACUCCUCUACUGCCAGCGAUCUCUACUGGACAAGGUGUAAUUAGAGAUGAAGGGGAAGAAGAGAGGAGAGAAAGAAGGCGAGAGAAGAAGAAAAAAUGGUGGAGAAUGUUCAACACAGAUAAGAGAGCAGGACAGAAAGAGACAGAACAUGAGAAAGAGCAGAAGGAAAAGUGUCAGACUUGCAUUUUCAACUUUUCUUACCACUUCCAGAUUCCUUUUACUCUAUCUCUCAACCACUCAGUCCCUCAGUGUUUUUUUUUUUUUUCUUUCUCCUCUCCUUUCUGACUCUGCCUCUCUUCUUGUGGUUACUGACGCCAGCUCAUUGCUGUUUGUUUUAGCCUUUUUUCAAUGUCGUAUUUUUAGUUUUUGUCAGUCGUCAGUGUUCGUGUUCUUGUGAAUUUCCACUUCAAACCUGCAUCUUCACGAUGCCCAAUUCAGCAUGUUUCUUUGUGUAAGCGAUCCCCUGGUUAAUUUGCACACACUCAUAACACAUAAAACAUAAACCUGGAAACCACAGUGGCAUAGUCAUUUGUGUUUCUUAAUCUUCCAGUAAAGCAACACGUCAGGAGCCAGUAGGGACCAUAAAAGGGAAACAACAGCUUGCAUCCUUAUGAAGCAUGAGAUACAUUUCUAUCUGAGUAAAGCAAUAAAUGCAACAGUGUAUUUUCUUUUUUUUAUAUUAAUGUCUUUAGUGUUAUUAUUAUAAAUGAUGUUGUCAUUACUAUUAUGACUAUUACUAUUAUUGUUGUUGUUGUCCACCAUGUAAAGAAUGUUGUUUUUUUUUAUGUUGUCAUUAAAAAGUCCUGCUGGACAGUGACAUUCAGUUUUGAAAGUGGCCUUAAUUUUAUAUAUGUGGGAACAGUGAAUGGGGAAAGGGGUUUUGUAUUCCUGAAACUUGAUUGUUUUUUUUAUACCUUGAAUCCAUCUCAAAUUAAAAUAAAUUGAAGACCUGAAAA